AUGGCUCUCCACAGAAACUGCACCGUUCCAGCCAUCAUGGAGGGUUGUUUUUGGAAGUCCUCUACUGUCUUCGCUAGUCAUUACCUGCGGGAUUUGGCCGUCGAGGACGUGGAAGGUCUUCAAUCGCGCCUCCUGCGACAGUCUGGCGAUUCAGGAGGUUUGUUUCUGUGGGAGCAGUACAAUGACAGCUACACACGGACGUACCACGCCCACAGGAGUCGGGCGGGGACAGCCCUGGUGGUGCUCCGCAUCCUGUUGGCCGGCAUGUUUGGAUGGAAUCUCUACACAACCAUUAAAGCUGAGAGAAGUUCAUUAAAGCGUGAAUUUUAUAGUUCUUUUACAAAAGCCUGCAUGUUGUGGUUCCUGUGCUAUCCUGCCACUGUUACUAUAACAUGGAUAUUUCCGGAAUACCUCCGCUCAAAGUUAGUGUUGAUGGGGGUGUUGCUUAGCCAGUCCCUGGCCGGGGCGUUCCUGUACAAGCUCUUCCUCUCCAGAAGCCUAUACUGGGAAGUGUCCGCCCUCUCCAGCACCCUGCCACUCAGAUUUGAUAAAACCUUUAGCUUGAAGAUGUAUUCUUGACACUAUGUAGUGGACGUCAUUUUGUCAUCAGUGUCACUCAAUACAUAACAAAUGAUCGUUUCAGUUUCAUAUCAAUGAAGUUGUUGUUUACCAUUCAGAGACAAACUGAAACCUCAGAAUGCCAUGUGAUAACUUUUCGUUUUUAUGAUGAUCAUACUGGUUUUAUGUGUUGUUUUCAAAAGAAGAUUCGAAGGUUGUAGGGGCAGUGGGGUAGUCUAGUGGUUAAA